AUGGACGGCCGAAAGACUUCGGAUCUCACCCACCAGCCAGGCUGUAUGGGGGCUCUGGUGCGGUUCUGGCACCGUUCAUACGCUGCUGAUUAUACGAUCCUCAUUUUCCUCGUUGUUGCGUGGGUGAUGCUACAACUCUUCGUACAUCCAUUCCACCAGAUGUUUAGCCUGGAUAAUGCAUCCAUUCAGUAUCCCUUUGCCGUCGUCGAACGGGUGCCAGUCGUAUGGUCCAUCAUCUACUCCGGCGUCUUCCCUCUCCUUGCAAUUGGCGUCUGGUCCGCCCUAUUUCGCCCAGGAAGCCAUUUCGUUCAUAUCACUCUUCUAGGCCUCCUUGCUACGCUACUGGUCACCAUCUUUAUAACUGAUAUAAUCAAGAAUGCCGUUGGCAGGCCACGUCCGGACCUGAUAUCACGCUGCAAACCGGAAAAGGGCACUCCAGAACAUACACUGGUCGAUUAUACGGUAUGCACCGGGACGAAUCAGCAUAUCCUAAACGAGGGAUGGCGCAGUUUCCCAAGCGGACACAGUAGUUUUGGGUUCUCAGGGCUGGGUUACCUUUCGUUCUUCCUUGCAGGCCAACUACGGGCCUGGCGCCCACGCUCUGGCCUUGCUCGUCUCCUCGUCUCGCUGUCUCCACUGCUUGGAGCACUGAUGAUUGCCAUUUCCCGUGUAGCAGAUUACCGCCACGACGUGUAUGAUGUGACCAGCGGCUCAAUAAUAGGCCUGGGAACAGCGUAUCUGGUAUAUCGCUGUUAUUACCCGUCCUUGUGGUCGGUGGACUGUGAUAUACCAUACCAUCCAGAUGACCAGGGGGCGAUUCAUGGGUUUCAGCGAGUUGGCGGCGAUGAAGAGCAAGCGUUCCAGCCACAGCCAGUAUACAACGAGCAGGCAUACCGUAUGCAACCUCUCGGCCGUGGGAGGGAAACGUAG